AUGCCGUUUCUCUUCACGUCAUCUGGGUUGAAUCCAGACCUAGUAUCAAACCUGCAACCUCUUGAAGCUCUAUCAUCACAAGGAGAUGAUGAUAGUUGGACAGAGUGGAGUAGAUGGAGCGAAUGCUCAAGAACAUGUGGAGGAGGGGCAUCCUACCAGACGAGACAAUGUAACACCGGUCAGUCUUGCACCGGUAGAAAUAUCAGAUAUAAAACAUGUAAUACACAGGAAUGUUCGGGAGAGGAGUUGGAUUUCAGAUCACAGCAGUGUGCAGCAUAUAAUGAUGAGAAGUAUGAAAACAGAACAAUAGAAUGGGAACCAGUAGAAUCCUCAUCAUUACAAGAAAUGUGUUCACUCGUAUGCAGAGUUAAGCAUCACAAUUUUACUAAGAUGCUUGCACCAAAAGUACUAGAUGGGACUAGAUGUAACAGAUACUCGGUUGAUAUGUGUAUUGCUGGAAAAUGUGAGCCUGUUGGAUGUGAUCAUGAAUUCAAUUCGACUGCAACAUUUGACAGAUGUAAGGUGUGUAAUGGAGACAAUACGACAUGCCAAUUAAUGAAGGGACGCAGAGUCGUUGAUGCAAGGGAUACAGCUCUGUAA